AUUUCCGUACACAAAUCUUCUCAACUGAUGACGUGUGCUUUGCACAAAAAUCCCCUUGUUUUCAGUUUCACAAUAAAACCGGAUAAAGGUAUUCCUCUAUAAACCGAGGGUAUUUUUGUGUGGAUUGUGUCUUGAAACAUAAAGGAAAAUGGAAACAUUGUACCAUCAAACAAAUAAGCAAAUCCAGGAGGUGCAGUCGCUCAUGGGACGCCUGGAGAACACAGAUCGUCAGUCUGUCCACUUGUUGGAGAACGAGCUGCAGGCCAGAAUCGACCAGAUCUUCAGCCAUUUGGAACGUCUGGAAAUCCUGGCUAGCAAAGAACCGCCAAACCGGCGUCAGAACGCCAAACUGCGGGUAGACCAGCUGAAGUAUGAUAUUCAGCACCUCCAGACGGCGCUGAGGAACUUCCAGCACCGUCGCUACUCACGAGAGACCCAGGACCGAGAGAGGGAGGAGCUCAUGAGUCGUACCUUCACCACCAACGAUGCAGACACCUCCAUCCCCAUAGACGAGACGUUGCAGUUAAACUCCAACCUGAACAACGCACACAGAGGCAUGGACGACCUCCUGGGCAGCGGCAGCAGCAUCCUCACCGGACUCCGGGACCAGAGGGGGACGCUCAAGGGGACCCACAAGAAGAUGCUGGAUGUGGCCAACAUGCUGGGUCUGUCCAACACGGUGAUGAGGCUGAUCGAGAAGAGGGCCACCCAGGAUAAGUUCAUCAUGAUUGGAGGGAUGCUGCUCACCUGUGUGGUCAUGUUCCUGGUGGUCAAGUACCUGGGCUGACCAUGACCGCAACUGCCACCACAGUUUUGCGUUGGUCUUGGACAUUUUUGCACAGUAAGCCCAUAAGAUACGUGAACGGUGAUAAAAUAGGCUCGUCUUCUAAUCGGAGAGCUCCCUGAAAGUAUUGUUUUCCGAUCGGAAGGCGAGGAAUUAUCCCUCUUUUAAUUUCCAUGGGUUUUGUCACCCACUUCUAUUUCAACCACUCUUUGUUUGCACCAGGUAAAUGGGUGUUAAGCAAGACAUAUACACUGAGUGUACAACACAUUAAAGAUGCCUUCCACCUUUUGCCCUCAGAACAGCCUCAAUUCAUCUGGGCAUGGACUCUACGAGGUAUUGAAAGCGGUCCACAGGGAUGCUGGCCCAUGUUGAUUCCAAUGCCUCCCACAGUUGUCAAGUUGGCUGGAUGUCCUUUGGACGGUGGACCAUUAGUGACGCACACGGGAAGCUGAUGAGCGUAAAAAACAGCGUUGCCGUUCUUGACAUAAACCAGUGCGCCUGGCACCUACUACCAUACCCUGUUCAAAGGCACUCUUUUGUCUUGCCCAUUCAGAGAGUGGCACACAUAUACAAUCCAUGUCUCAAGGCUUACAUUUUUUUUAAAAAUCCAUAUCCUCCAUUUAUACUGAUUGAAGUGGAUUUAACAAGUGACAUCAAUAAGGGAUCAUAGCUUUCACCUGGUCAACCUGUUAUGGAAAGAGCAGGCGUCCCUAAUGUUUUUGCACUCAGUGUCUAUUCUUUAAUUUGACUUCAAACUGAACAACGUGGAACCUUGCAUCCAUAACUCCAGCUCGCUGACACCUGCCACUCAUCUCGGCGGUCAUCCACCUGACGGCCUGUGUGUGAAGCCGUAGGUGGGUGAGAUAGCCAGUCAUGAAAUGUUCUCUACCUUAUUUCAAACUAAUUCUCCUUCAAGGUCCAUUUCCUUGCCGUAGUCUCCCCUAUAAUGAGUUCUCCUUUUCCUUGCCUUAGUCUCCCCUAUAAUGAGUUCUCCUUUGCCUUGUGGGUGGUUUCAUCUUCACCAUCUAUUUGAAGCAUUAUUUGACUGUUUGCUGCUCUUUUCCCCAAAAAUGGACAGAAAAAAAGUUAUCUGGAAAUGGAUGAAAAGCUGAUGUUGCACCUCAUCACACAUCCUAAUGACACAGCCUGGAGAACACUUAUGUCAGAUGAACCAAUAUAUGUAUGUAGCCCAGGGAGGAAGAGGGCCGUUAACAGGGACCUGUGCACAAGCUACAGACCGAUUAGUAAGAACAAAAACACAAAAGUGAUGAAAUAUUCUGCUCGUCGUGUUUUGAGAAACUAUACAAGGUAUAUUGUCUGGACAUUUGCUUGGCCCUAGUCUCACUACGUUAGUGCAACCAAGGUUCAAAUUGUAAUUCUCUGAAGAUCAAAAAUUAAACAUUUUAAAAACAACUGGUCUUAAA